CCCAAGGAUCACUCAUCAAAGAAUGUGUCAGGCUAAGAGAACCCCUGUUACGGCCGAAAGACAAACUCGGAACAAAUGGUUAUAACGCUGCAGAUUGUCUAUACCGUGUUUUUACAUGCCGCCAACAACAGCGCCUCACAGAACUGUUGCAGGCGGCUUCGGAAAUGGACUCGCCGUAUCGUUGACCCGGUCCGCUCAGCACAUGCAGGCGCAGCAAAGGUCUCGGUGCAACAGUUCAACAGAGGUAGGACAGCAUAUACUGGACGCACUGCAUACCAUGCACUCCAGCCUCGUAAACCACUUCCAUUCUCCUCUCCUUGCUCACCGGUCCUUUUGCUGCUUCCAAGUAUAAUUUGUACGCAUCGGCCUGGGCGGCAAUGACUUGUCUGCGCCAUGGGUGCCUCAGAAUCGAAGUUGGUCUUCAAGCAAGGCAUCUUCAGGCUGUCCGAGGAGAGAAAUAUCCCGGCCAGUGACCCAUAUUGGACAGGUUUCUGGGAGCUGCCUGAAUCUGUCGAAGAUGUCUUCAGCCUCUUCACUCAUGCCGAUAUUCGCAGAACCCGAGAUGCUGCCCUCGAGAACUUGGAGACCCUUAUACUAGCCGUGACGUCGCGCCUCAAUGUACUCAAGAACCAUCCGUCUUUUCCAGACCCAGACCUGGCCCCCGAAAGAGACGCGCUGAACUGCAUUCGCAUCCUGACAAGAUUGCUUCCUUAUGUAUACGAAGCGGAGCAUCUGGCCGACUGGGAGGAGAACUUCUUUUGGGGGAUGCGCCGGCGGAGGACUCGAAGAGCACCGGUCGCCGGAGAGGUGCUGUUCGACGAACAACAAGAGGAAGAUGAAGCGAACAAGAAGGACCAGGAGCAGGACUUCGAAGAAGCAAAGCCACUUGCCGAAGAGCUGAUCGAUACACUGACCGACCUCCUCUUCUAUGCAGGGUUUACAAUCCCUCAUCUGCCUCAGGCAAAGAGUAAAGUCACAUAUGCUAUUUGGCAGAGCGGCAUUGGGAGCAGGACGUCGAUUCCAACCAACAAAGAGUUGGAGAACAACAGAUGUGAAGUACUCCGGCUUCUGUUGACAUUGACCAGCAAAGCCAUGUACAUGCCUUCUGCGGUCCUGCCUGCCCGAGGGGUGAGAUCAAUAACAUAUAUGGCCACAAACCCUGAUAAACAGGUUGUUUUGUCCGUGUUGUGCUCUUUGAUCAACACCACGAUCAAGUCCAACGUUUCAUCGUGGCGACUCCCCUAUGACCACGUUGUCCGGCGGGAUUCCAAGCAGACUCUGGUCGUAUACAGUCUGCAGUUACUUCUUGUUCUCCUACUGUAUCCGAUUCCCGAGGAUGGAAAUGGACCGGCGCACAAGAACUACUAUCGCCAUUACCUCGGUCGCCUGCACAGACCAGAGGACUUCCAAUUUCUUGCGGACGGCAUGACUCAAGUGCUGAGCCAGCCAAUGCAAGCGACGACUUCAUACCUCCCCGGCAGCCAAAAGUCGGUCAAAUGGGCCCCGGAAAUGAUCAUGUUAUACUGGGAAGCGCUCCAGUGCAACAAGAGAUUUCGAGCAUUUAUCAUCGAAUCAAAUCGUGCCCACGACUUCGUCAUCCUGAUGCUAUUCUAUGCUAUCGAGUACAAAACAGACGUGUCGAAGCAGGGCAUCGUGCGCAUGUGCGUGUUUGUCCUUCAGACUAUGAGCGUCGAGUCAAGCUUCGGAAACAACCUGAACAAAAGAUUCGAAGCACAGGAAACUCUGCCACCGUCCAUCCGGAUACCGAACUUCAAAGGGACCUAUGCGGACUUCCUGAUAAUAUCAAUUCACACUUUAAUCACCGGCAGCAAGGGCAAACUUGAAGCUGUCUACCCAGCACUGCUUGCCAUUAUCAAUAAUAUGGCAGCCUACGUGCAAAAUCUUUCGGUUGGCGCCAGCACCCGCUUGGUGCAGCUUCUCACUUCAAUGGCGUCGCCCAGCUUUCUCCUCGCCAACGAAAGUAACCAUUUACUUUUGCAGGCCCUUUUGGAAUCCAUCAAUGCCAUGAUUGAGCAUCAAUAUGUGUCGAAUGCCAACCUGGUAUAUGCUGUUUGGCGAGCAAGGAAGCGGAUACUGGCCUUGCGAGAGUUUACCCUUGAAGGAGGGCACGCCGAGAUUGAACGAGCAUCGAGACGACGCAAAGAAAAUGCCCUCAACGACGUGAGUAACGGCCUGUCGAGGUCGUCUACUAUGGACACUGUCGCCUCGCCAACUCGAGGUGUCCCGCCCUCUCCAACACCAGACACCAGCAUGGACGGCACCUUCGCCAUCGGAGACUCUGACGACUCUGACCAUGAUGACGAGGAAGCGCCAACUGCUUCCCAUUCUCAUUCGGCUCACGCGGCGCCGCGCACAUCACGGCCUCCUUCUAUAGCAUCAUCCUCGGUUGCCGACGAGAGCGUACCAAUUCAACUUCACGGCAUGUCUGAAAAGGCUCGAGGAAAGAUGCCCGCGGGCGCGCCAACGUUUUCCCGCCAAAACAGCACAAUCAGUCUUGGAGGAACCUCAACGCACAGCGUUGGUCGGGGCGCUUUCACUCCAACGCCAGAAUGGCUGGAGAGCUGGCUCCCCGAACUCCCUCUGCACACACUCCUCACUGUGAUCAAAGUUCUUUCGUCGCAUCCGCUGGCUUCAGCUUCGGAAAGAUCUGCUGCUCGCAACAGCCACCAUGGCCAGCCUAGUGAUGACAACAACAGCAACCAUUCCCCCUCGAACCCAUCUUCACGCCGUUCCUCCCUAGCCCUUGACGACCGUGACCCUGUUGGCGGCAUCAGUGACUUCCGAACCCAAAUCCCCGCCACUGCAAAACAACCCGCCAUCUCGGCCAUUUUGUCCUCUCCCAGCCCUAUCAGGGUUCAUCUGUUUGAGUGGUCUCCGCUAUCUCUGGGAUGGUACAUGUCAGUAUUGUGGUCUUUGAUUUUCACGGCCGAAAUGAACAUCGCUCCUACCUCGUCCACCGCAGCCACUCUAACUGGUGCUGGAGGAACGGUUGCCCGCGUCGGUGUGUGGAAUGGGACUCAUGUCAAGCUCUUCCAGGUUGCCACCGAGGGCAAGCGAGAAGGCCCCAGUCUGUCUCAACCCAAGGGUGCUGUCGACGCCGUCGGAUCCAGACUUGUGCAGGGCGUCCAGGGACUUAAUCUUGGUGGCUUGGUCAGUCGCGUUGGCGGCGCUGCCACUGGUAGAAGUGCCAGUUUUCAAGGUCAGGAUAACGGCCACGGCCACGGCCACGGGCAUGGUCACAACUUGAACUCUGGUACCGGCCCGGCUCCAGGCUCGGUACGAGAAGUGUAAGGGGGCCUAAAGUCGACGGGAAGUCGAGGGUCUCUUUCUUCUGGGGAUCAAUGUUCGACUUAUACGGUGGACUGCAAUCCAGGGAAUUGCCUGUAUGGGGCACUGGCAUGGAGUAGUCAAUUCUCACUGUUUAGAAUCGAGGGUUUCGGUCACUGCUGCAGGGUUGCUUUUUUCUCCCCUACUAGUUUAUUAGAGGUACAAUGUAAUUAUAGGCAGGCAAGCGAGGCAUGGCGCAGCAUGGAGCAUAAUGCUAAAGUAUAGUACCUUAGACACUAGGUAUCUUAUAGAUCCUUUUUGGUUUAUUGAAGCCACUGCUCGUA